AUGGCCGAAGAUAUUAGUCCAGAAGUAAUAAAGAAGACUCAGAAGAUUUUAGGAAAAUAUGUAAAAAAGCCAGCAUUAACGGAUAAAUUAUUGAAGAAACCUCCAUUUAGAUUCUUACAUGACAUCGUUAUUUCUGUUAUCAAAGAAACUGGUUUUCUUAAAGGAUUAUUUUCUACACAAGAGCUUAUAUCUGAAAAUGUUAAAGAAAAAGAAGCUAAAGUUGCUUUUCUAAAUAAACUUAUUGAUGCUGUUAAAAGUGUAACAAAAACUGAUCUCACAGUACGGGCUAAUAAAAUCGUCGCAGGAUUGGAACCAUUGAAAACAAAUUUAUUUUUGCAAGCCAUUGGAAAAGCAAUAGAAGACAAAAUAGAUACUACCGAGUACAUUACUCAAUUAAGUUCUGGGCAGGUGGAUACAACCGAGAAAAAAAAGUUGAAAAAAUCGAUUCCUAAAAGAGAUGACAAAGGGAAAACAUCUAAAACUAAAAAUACAGAUGAUUCCAGCAACAAAGUUAAUAAAGCCAAAAAAAUUAAUGAUUCUCCAAGAAGUAAAACUAAAGCAAAUACUCCAAAGGAUUCGUCAAGGGACAAAAAUAAGUUGGAUAAAAAAAAUGUUACAGAAAAAGAAAAAAUAAAGGAAGGCAGCAAGAAAGAAGUUGUGGUAGAAGUUACUACUCCAAAGCAAAGCACAAUUAUGUCUACAGAUGUAGAUCAAUCUAUAGACAAGGUGGAUAAUCAGAGUAACAAAUCUGAUAAUCAGAUUAAAGUACAUGAACAGGAGGGUGAAAGAGAACAUGAAAAAAUAACAGAAAAUUCAUCUAAUUCUAAAGCACUAGAAAGUGUUAAGGCGGAGAUCCUUAAUAAACAAUAUGAAGAUAUAAAUAACCAAAAUCCUGAAAAUAAACAAGUUAAAAGUGACACGCGGAGCUCAAGACCCAAGUCUGCUCAUCCUAAUAACGAAAAUGAAAGUGUUUCAACAAUCAAACAAAAAAAUAUAAAUGUUGAUAAAGAUGAACCUUUAAAACCAUUGCAAAUAACUGCACACCAACCACAACGACCAAAAAGUUCCUUGAGACCACCAAGUGUACGUCCAUCAAGUGCAAGACCUGGUGCACCUCGUUUAAGACUAGAUUCUGCCUUACCCCUUCAAGAAAGCAUAACGAUGGGUAAUAUCAAUGUCAUUAUCGAGAAUGUUGACAAUAUGGAUGAUGAAGAGACAGUCGUUAUUCAGACAACUUCAGAAGUGGCUGAAGAAAAUUUUAAUUCCCUAGAUGUGUCAAAAAGCAACAAGGGUCAAUUAGUUGAACAAAUCUUAGAGCAAAUACAAGAGGAAGGAGAAGGUCUUAAGAAAAAAGUUGAUAUUGAUUGGGAACAAGAUGUUAUAAUUUCUUUGCAUAAUAAAGAUGGAGCAGCCAAGGAGGUUAACCAUCUUCGUUCUCUGAUACAAACAUUAACAAGAACUGCAAAUCCUUUAGGGAAAAUAAUGAAUUAUUUACAUGAAGACAUUGAUGCCAUGCACGGGGAAUUACAGAUGUGGACAAAUAUUAAAAAUCAGUUAUUCAAGGAAAUUUAUAAACAGAAAAGGCUCAGCGUUGAGUCAAACAAGCCUUUAUUGGCACAACUGGAGCACCUACAGGAUGAAAUUAUGAAGCAGCAACAAGAAAUCCUAGUUGUUCGUAGCAAUAUACUUAGAAAUGAAUUAAGAAUUAAAGAGUUAUUAAAUGUUUAACUGUUAUUGACAAUAUUUGUUAAAGAAAUUGUUGUCUUAGCUGUUAGGUAGUUGUAUAAUUCUUAACUGGUUUGUUUCAAGUUAUGUUGCGUAAUAUUUUUAUAAUUUAUAUUGUUAGGUUUUAUAAGGUAUUCCCAUUGUUGACAUGAUAAAAUCAUAUUAAAAGAAGAAAGAAGAAAUUACUUCUGAAAUCGACAAACUUACAUGCGACACUUUAUGUUUUGUUUUUUUACCUGUGAGAAAUUGUACAGCGGUGUAUUGUUAACACCAAUGUUUUCUAAAUGUGUAUAUCAGGAAGAUGUUCUUUGGAAUAUUUUAGACCAAAAAGCAUUAUUGAAUCAAAGGUUCAAAGCUACUGAUUUUCGAGAUACAUAGUGCUGAAAUUAAAAGAAAAACAUAUUUUUUUCAGAUAUAUCGGAAAAUAUCUGUCUCACAUUAAUUAAACAUGGAUUAAUGACAUAACUAAUUAAUCUGUCAGUCCCCAAUAUCUUUGCCACUGGUUGACAAGUUUGUAAAUCAAAUAAGCAAAUUUUUGUCAAAUAGUUAAAAUUUUAAAUGUUUACACUAAACUUUUUAGAUAUGAACUGACUUUUUUUUAAUUUUAACACUUGUCCCUGAAAGCUAAUGAUUUAGCAGUGGUGGCUGGAGAAAAUUGAUCUAGUCAAAUUUUUAUAAUGAAGCGUGGAACCCAGAUGUUUUUUAAAGUAAUUCUAAACCCACAUGAAAUUUCACCAUAAAAAAAUUAAAAAAUAAAAAUAAAUAAAAACCCCUAGAUCUCGAAAAGGAUUCCAUUAUGUUUACAAAAUAUUAUUUUCAUAAACAACUGAUAAAAAGACCUUUAGCUUUGUAUGUAAAGCUUUUUAUACUAAAAUAAUUAAGGAAAAACUCAUUGCGGUGACACGAACUUACCAAAUAACCUGUUCAAGUAUGUCAAAAUUGACAUUAUAAAAAAUAAACCAUAGUUUUGUAAAUGGUUACGGAAAUCAUAACUUCAAUGAUCUGCUGAUUCAUCUGCUUUUCUCGAGUCAAUUUUUUCAAAUUUAAUUGCAACAACCUAUGUAUUAAAUUUUUUCCAGACUUAUCAAAAUUCUAAAAGAUAAAUGAGCGAUUUCAGGGGAUGUUACAAAUAAAUUUACAUACCAGAAACAAUUUGAUUUGUAGGAACUUAAAAUAUUUAUAUUUGGAAAAUAGGUUCAUUAGUGUAUUCUGUUUAAUUGCUAUUUCCAUAAUUGAUUGUUAUUCUAUUACCGAUUUGUAAUCGAUCAAUACAAAACUGUUUAAGAACA